AUGAGGAUAUUUAUGAUCUCCUCGUUGGUUGCAAUCUCUGUGGUGUCUAUACGAUUCAACGAUGGCAGCGAUGGGCAACUGAAUCUGGACAAUGAUGUUGUCGAUGAUGACAUUCUCUCUGUCAACGACAAAGUUACGAUUCUAGCAGGCAAGUACGCUGGAUGCAGCGGUGUUGUCGAAAAGGUCUCUGGUCGAAAGAACAAAGUGAAAGUUCGGAGGAACUGUGGAGAUGGACGACGCGGUGAUGGCAAAUCAUGGUGGUACAAGCCCGGACAAGUGGAAGAAAUCAUCGAAGAUGAAGCUACAGGAGCAAAGGAAGAAGAUGCACCACAGGAGCAAGGCAUUUCACUUGUUGUGAAUGCCGAGUUUCACCGGAAGCAUUUACUCUGUGACCGAUACAAGGAUUUGCCCGCCAUCAAUCCCAGAGCCAAGCCACCGGUACUGGGAGGCCGCCCUGUGGUACGUCGAGGUCAAGAAGUCCUUUUCAAGGCUCACGGAGAUGUCGUUUCGUCCAUGACUUCAGCAGACGUUGAAGUUCUUGGUGCCAAAACUCCCAUCGGUUCCAUCAGCGCCAGGAUUCAAGGUGAGGAAAUCUAUCUGAAUUUGCCAGCUUUGGCUCCUGUCGGUGAGUACGAGUUGCGCCUCUACAAAGCAAAGAAGAUAGUGGCGACCUUCCCCUUCAUUGUUGUCUUUAACCCUUUUACUUGCUCGGACUGUCCAGAGCAUUCGGACGAGCACGAGGAGUAUGUCGCAGGUGAUGAAGGCUUGCUUUGGCAAGGUUUGUCGGAUGACCAUACAGCCAAUAUUUGGCACCAUGAGCCCUUUCGGGCAGCAAAUCUCCUGAUCAGUCUGGCGCUGCUUCAACAUUUGCCACUGGAGUUGCGAGGGGAUGUGGUGGCCGUGUCACGAUUCCUGACCAAUGCAGUUGGGGAGAAGGUGAGGUGCAGAAGCUGGUGCCAGGAUAGUUGA